GAACAUAUCAAUUUAUGCUGUGGUUGUGGUUUGUGUGGGCAGCGAUUUUAUCGGAAGGCGUUGUUUCUUAUCUUUAUUUUUGUAAAUAGUAAUUUAAGUAUUUAAUUGAAAUGGGAGUACAAGUACAAACUCUUGCAUCUGGGGACGGUUCCACCUUUCCCAAGAAGGGUCAAACUGUAGUGGUUCACUACACUGGUACCCUUGAAAACGGUACCAAAUUUGAUUCUUCUCGUGACCGAGGGGUCCCAUUCAAAUUUCAUAUUGGAAAGGGGGAAGUGAUUAAAGGAUGGGACGAAGGUGUUGCUCAGAUGAGCAUCGGCCAAAGAGCAAAACUGAUUUGCUCGCCGGACUACGCUUACGGGUCAAGGGGGCAUCCAGGGAUUAUUCCACCCAAUGCGACGCUCAUUUUUGAUGUCGAGCUCCUCGAAAUUCAGUAAAGUAGAGCUAAUAUUUCCGUUUGUGUUAUGCAUUAAAGUUUUCAACAAGGUUUUUACAAAUAUUUGAAUUCUUUCUUUAACUGUUUAGCAAAAUGUUGAGUAAUAGCUACUAAAAUAAAGAGUUAUUGUAGAGAUCUGAUGCAAUAAAGAAUUCAUUA